AAAAGCGACGCCUGAGAGCGACGCUUGCAGCUGAUGUACCGCUGGCUCAAAAAUGGAGAGCGACACCACUUUCAGGAGAAUAAAACCCUUCGGGACACAGAAUUAUGUAGCGCAAGAUAACGACGGCUCUCGGGACCGGGGCGUGGAUAACGGCUACAACGGUGACCCGAAGAGGAAGCCCGAAGUGAGCCUAUAUUUGCUGCGGGAAGGACUGGCAGCUUCCCUGGUCUCUGUGUUUAUUUUGGUGCUGUGGGGACUCGUUCAUUUGUCGUUACAGCAGCUCGUCAUUGGCAAGCCGAGCGGAGACUUCAACGCAGUGAGAGCAAGACAGCACUUGGAGAAGAUCACCAGCGUGGGCCCUCGGCCAGUGGGCAGCCAUGAGAACGAAGUCCUGACAGUGGGCUACCUGUUGGAGCAGAUCGAGAACAUCCGGGUUGAGACCGCAGCGGGCCCCCAUAAAGUCACGGUGGAUGUGCAGCGUCCCACCGGCACUUUCUCCAUUGACUUUCUUGGAGGCUUCACCAGCUUCUAUGACCGUGUCACCAACAUUGCUGUCCGGCUGGAGCCUAAAUCCGGGUCGCAGCAUUUCAUGCUCGCCAACUGCCACUUCGACACAGUGGCCAACAGUCCAGGUGCCAGUGAUGAUGCAGUGAGCUGUGCAGUGAUGCUGGAGGUCCUCCAUUCUCUGGCCAACCAGUCUACUCCUCUUCUUCAUGGAGUUAUCUUCCUCUUUAAUGGGGCGGAGGAAAAUAUCCUGCAGGCCAGUCAUGGUUUCAUUACUCAGCAUCCGUGGGCAAAGCAGGUGCGAGCCUUUAUUAACUUGGAGGCUGCAGGUGUUGGGGGCAAAGAGGUUGUUUUCCAGACAGGUCCAGAGAACCCUUGGCUGGUCCAGGCCUACGUUCAAGCAGCCAAACACCCCUUUGCCUCUGUGGUGGGCCAGGAGGUCUUUCAGAGCGGCAUCAUCCCCUCUGACACUGACUUCCGCAUCUACAGGGACUUUGGAAACAUCCCAGGCAUUGAUCUGGCUUUCAUUGAAAACGGCUUCAUCUAUCACACCAAGUACGACACCGCUGACAGGAUCCUGACCGACUCCAUUCAGAGAGCCGGCGACAACAUCCUGGCGGUCUUGAAGUACCUGGUGAAUUCAGAGAAGCUGGCCGAUUCCUCCGAGUAUCGUCAUGGCAACAUGGUGUUUUACGACCUGCUGGGGGUAUUUGUGGUGGCUUACCCCGCCCGUGUAGGCACCAUCCUGAACUACAUGGUAGCCACAGCCACCUUCCUCUAUCUGGCUAAGAAAGCCUCAAUGCCAGGCAAUGGGGGUGGCCGAUAUGUCCGGGAACUGGCCUGUGCCACAGGUGUAGCGGUCCUGAGUUGGGUCGUAACGCUGCUGUCGGUGCUGAUACUCGCUCUGCUCGUCACUCUGCUGGGCCGCUCCAUGUUCUGGUACAACCACUUCUACGCCUCCAUCUGCCUGUAUGGGGCUGCUGCCACGGGCAAGAUGGUCCUCAUCCACACCCUGGCCAAGAACUUGUACUACGGAGGUGUGCGGUUGGUGGAGCUGGGCGAUCUCUACUUUGACGUGAGCCUGUUGCUAUGGUGCUGCAGCCUGGUGUGGCUCACCCAGCAGGGCCUGUGCUCAGCCUACGUCCCCAUGCUCAUGGUGGCUUUCCCCCUGGCCACCAGACUGCUUCUGGCCCGAGAGUUUAAAAACAGAGGAGCGUCACUGAAGUACAGUGUGCUCUAUCUGUUGGGCCUGGGGCUGCCUUACGUCCACUUCAUGUUCCUCAUCUGGGUGGUGUUUGAGAUCUUCACACCUAUUAUGGGUCGCAGCGGCACUGAGAUACCGCCUGAGGUAGUAAUGGCCACCCUCGUCACCCUGGCAACCAUCUUCCUCUCCUCCUUUUUUCUGCAUUUCAUCUACUUGGCACGGAGCACUAAGUGGAUCCUGGCUGGUCUGGCAUCAGUCUUCGUCGUCACGUUCCUGAUGAUGUCCUGUGGCUUCCUCUUUCCUUAUUCGGCCAGUCCAGAAAGCCCGAGGCCAAAAAGAGUUUUCCUGCAGCACACGACGCGGACCUUCCACAACCUGCAGGGCCAGGUGGAGAGCCGGGACUCAGGUCUGUGGAUCAACAGUUUUGACUACACAGGCAUCCAGCACAUCACGCCUCACAUCCCCGACAUCAACGACAGCAUCCGCACCAGCUGCCGAGAGGACCGGCCCUUCUGCGGUUACCCCUGGUUCCUGCCCGUCAAGUUCCUCAGCAAGAAGAACUGGUACCUCCCUGCUCCAGAAGUGUCUCCCAGCUCUCCUGUGGAGUUCAGCCUGCUGUCCAGAGAGGAGACCAGCUGGGGGACGGUCAAGAUGACCUUCAGUGUGAAAGGCCCCAGUCACAUGUCCCUGUAUCUGAUGCCCCAUCGAGGAGCCGGCCUCUCCACGUGGUCCUUCGGAGACGGGACGCCUCAGUUCGAUCUGAGUGGAGAAUAUUUUGUGUUCUAUUCUCGAGGCCUCGACGCCCCCUCGUGGACCUUCUGGUUUGAAAUACAGCCCCCCAGGGACCCAGACCCCUCAGGCCCCGAGGGGAUGAUCUCCGUUGCCAUCUCCACCCACUAUUUCUUCGGACAGGACAGUAGGACUGCUCAGCUGGAGGAAGUCCUCCGCAAGUUUCCCUCAUGGGCUUUUCCUUCGUCUUGGGUUAGUACCUACGACAUGUACCGAUACUGAGGGACGCCACAUAUCGCAGAGGACGGCGCCGAGGAGAGCUGAGGGUCAAAAGGCCCCCCCCCUGAGACAUACAAACUGAUUUAAAGGAACCAGCCUUUCCUCUCUGACACUCUACUCCUGCUCCCUGAGAGACCCCCAUCACUGUGUCAGCAGGCUUAUAGCUAACGGAGCAGGAGGAGGCGCGGAGACACGGCAGAGGUAAGCCUAUGAGAGAGCUUACAAACUCAACGUCCGAGGCACCGGCAAACACAAGCCUCGUGCUCUCUCCUGGGUUAGCGAAACAAAGGGGUUCCGUUUUCCUUUUUUUUUUUUUUUUUUAAAUCAAUCUGUCGUGCCUUUGCUUUACUCGAUCCAUCUCACCCUCCUCCUCACUUUCCCUCAUGCCUCCUUCCUCGCCGAAUGAAUAACCACUUCCCCUGCUAACCCCUCAGAUUACAUCAGGCUUCCUAUGCAGGAAUGAACACUACCUGCACUGUAGGUGUAGAUACAUACCGAUGGAUCAGUUUGACCCUUUCUCUGACUUUGACUGGAAACGUUGACACUUUGAAAGUUGCUUUUCACCAACAUGCACUUGUUUAUAUUCUGAGCAAAUUGUUUUUCUGUUAACAGUGAAAUUGCUCAUUUGAACUCCUCAGUAGCACCACUGAUUAGCAAGUCGUACCGCUGUGUUUACAUGAGGAACGCCAACAAUCUGCGUUAACUGUCAGAGAGCUGGCGUGCAGAUGCUGUGCCUGUUGGAUGGAAACAGCUGACUAGAAUCAAAAUGUCAAUGUGUCCUUUAAAGGAGCAGCCUUCCUGGGGAGUCUGUGCAGAGGGCGAUAUGAGUCUUAAUGUUUCAGCCUGGUGGGAUCAAAGCUAACUUGUGUUGAAAUGGUCUUGAUGAGAACUCCCAGGGAAACAGGGGCAGUCUGAAUGUCCUGUGACUAGCCUUAUUCCCCGGGGCCUUGAGGGUGAGCGGCCGGAAAACCAACCAACUCCACACUCAUUACCGUCAGCAGGGUCAGCUUCGUGUUGGUUUUUACAUUUGCUGUUGCUGUAAUCGUUUUUCUCGACUAUGCUGUACUAAGAGCUGCCUCCAGUAGCACCUAUGGAAGUAUAAUAAAAUGGAAGAUAAUAAAAAAAAAAAGAAAGAAGAAGAGAUAAGACUAUGAAUUAAAUAAUCUUAUUAAGCUUUUCUUUUAUAAAAAUGUAUAUGUCCCCUAUAACCGUUGAGGAAUUACACUGUGCUAAAGAGUUUAUUUAAUUAAGUUGUUCUGAAAUGGGUUUGAUUUUAGAUUUGAAACGUUCACAUCGGUGCCGACAGCUCUUAGCAGUAUCUUAUCUUGUGUGUGUGUUGCUAAUAUUUCACAUAGUUCACUCAUCUCAUGUGGAGCCUUUCCAUCUAGAGCCUAAGUACCACAACUUGCUCCUUCAGAUAGCCGGCCCCUGACAGCACCACGGUACAUUCAGGGCCGGGUCACACUUGAAGAGAAGCGGCGCAGUGACUGGAGAGAUUACACACAUGGGGGUAAAGGUCAAUGUCUCCUGGAGGAAAUGCACUCGGAGUGUUGCACUUGGUCGCUCAUGUGAAAAGUGACAAAGUGUUGUGCCAAGAAAGCUAGAGGAAGGUUCAAGGAUCCCCUUAACAUCGGUCAUUUAAGUGCAAAGUGGUUGUUAAUGUUGCUUUCGGAAAGUUCUAGAAAUGAACAGGUGUGGGGGAGGGGCUUUACGGAGCUGUUUCACCACCUAACAAGCCGUCUGAGGGAGUAUACUGGCCCCUUGAGUGUCACCACUACCUCUGCAGUGAUCCAUACUUUGUGAUAACAGCUUUUUAUUGUCCUCGUGACGACUGGUUUGAACUGUGACUGUUGAACAUAUGGAAAUGAUUUAGCUAACUCAUUUUAGAGAGAUUAUUUGUAAUGGAUUAUAACGCACCGUUAUGAUGAUCUGCAGGCUACCUCUGAUUUCUGCAGUCGGUUAAAUCGCAUCUGUUGUCAAGUGACCGUCCCCCACUGAGGAAUCUGUUCAAACAAAAAUGUCCACUGUUGCUUGUCUAAAGUUUGACUCCCUCUCAAUGUGGCAUCAGGAAAAACUCGUCUUUUGUCCGCUUUGUGUUACACAUGUCGUUGUGAUCCAUGUUUUCCGACAUGCUGACAUGAAGGAGGCCUUAACAUUUCGCUUCCAACGACACAAACUGUUUACUGUCGUGGACACCAACGACUCAGCGGUUUGUAAAGCUAUCAGGUGCUGCACUGUUUUUAUGCUGUUGUCUGUUGGAGAGUUUAAACUUAAAUCCAUCCCAGCCUUAGACGACACUCGGCAGUUAACGGUCCUACUCUGCUCCUUCUCUUAUGCACACGUCUUUUAAGUACUCUAACUCCAUCUGUGUGUGAGAGCAGGUGACAUAUCUGUCCUCAGUGUCCCUUCAUAAAACUAAACAUAUCAGACCUGCUCUGUUAUGAAUUCACUUAGACUGUAUUGUAGGAAUAGUUUUUUGUUAUUGGCCGGUGAAAGAGUUGACAAAGAGAUUUGAUUCUACGCGUCACGUUUGUUUCUUUUUGUCAAUCCUAAUAGGACCAUACCUGUGUUUUGUGUGCGUUUUAGCCAUUAACCACAGAUACUACAGCAGUGGAAGCAAGUCAAACCCAUGGACAGUAGUUGGCACUAAUGUAAAUGUGUGUGUAACAGAUGCUGCGUUAACUCAGUGCUGCUCUACCCGAACCUCAACACACACACACCAGUGUGUAGAUGCUUAUUUAAGUGACUUGAGUUGAUCUAAAUCCGUUCUAUUGAAAGUGAAUAUGCAGAGCGUCUACGGGAGGAAAAGCUUUAUUAACAAGUGUAAAUGGUUAUUUUCUAAUAAUCUGUGUAAAAGUCAUAUAGUGAUGUUGUUAGACACUGAAGGAAAACAUGGAAACAAGAUUUUUUUUUCUCCAAAUGUUUUGAGCUUCAUAUUUCCAUCAAGAUAACAGUUUGUCAAAUGACCUUCAGAGUCUGACCAUUUCAAGGUGUGUUUAGAGUUUAUAAUAUGAAAUGUGUUGGCGGUUAAUGACUGACAAGAGGUCCGUUUGUUUCAAUAAAAGCCCGACCACAGGAGGAACUGCCGUAAACGUCGGACACAGAUGAAAGACGUCUCGAUUGAAAACGCUGUGAAACGGCUCCGCUGACGCCGCUGGUGCUCCCACUGUUAGAGUAAAGAAACACGGAGAGAGCUUAACAUAAAUUAAACAGUGAUUUGAAAUAGUUUGCAACAGAAUCUAAUGUAACUCAGUUUAGACUGAGAGGCUGAGUAAAAUCACACUAGGAUGUAGCUUUACCUUCAUCACACAAUGUACUGACAUACAUGGGACAGAUGUUCAAAUUGUUAACGGUUUUGUUGUAGUUACCUGUUCCAACAUCACUCAUGCCUACUUCUCUAACUGUUGUUAAAUUAAUGUUAUUUUUUUUAAACUGAUGAUUUUGUUCAUUUUUGUGAUUUAUUUGAAAUGUUCAAUAACUCCUUGAACUGCUGUUUUUUUUUUCUAAUUGCAUAUUUGUCUGUCAAUUGUAAUGAACUGAUUGAUAUGACUGGUUUUAUUGGGAUUGAUCUGGUGACAGGGUAUCCAUCUGUUGAUUGGACAGGAUGAUUUGAUCUUAUGCAAAAAGCUUGAAUUAAAUUAGCACCUGUACAGCAUUAAAAAACGCUUAUUACAA